GACUGGGCACCCUGCGUGCAGGCACAGCAGACCGAUGGUAUCGGCAAAAGUCAGGAGCUCUUCAAGACCUUUCGGAGCUGCUCCGGGAAAGAAGUCCCCGCCUAUUUCGCCAAGAACCUCGCAUCUGAGGAGGAGGUGAUGCGCAUCCUUCAGGCUGCACGACAUGGUCUGGAGUACAGCACACGGCCGGACAGCGUCGAUGGGCAGCCAAGCUUUGAGACGUAUGUCUUCGACCGUGGCGACGUUCUGGAGCAGCGUCUCUGGGACUGCGUCUGCGAUCUGGUUCAACGACUCCUUCCCUGGCUGCGGGAGCGCUUCCAUUGCCCAGGCGCCGCGUUGUGCACCUGCCUCAUGCGCCGCUACCUCGCGAACGAGCGAAGAGCACACCCAGCUCACUUCGAUAUCUUUUCGACGCUGCCAUCUGCAAGAACUUCUGCGGAUGCUUGCCUCAUGAAAGACAAGCGCCGUCAAGGCCUGGGAAAGGAGAAGGAUUUCGCAGGCGGGCUCUACAUCCAGCCCACACCGAGCAGCCCCCGCAGCUACGUUCGGCUUGGGCCCGGGGACGCGGUUCUCCAUCGCUAUGACCUUCGUCAUGGCGUGGAGGUGAUGCACGGCGAACGGUACAGCCUCAUCUUCUGGUUCAAGGACUCGUUGGAUUCCUGUCGGCUGGGUACGACACCCUGGUACAGCGUGGCAGCAGCAGGAGGGGAUGGCGAUGCAGCCUACAACAUCGCGAACCUGCUCUACAUGGACGGCAAGCUGGCAGAAGCACGCUCUUGGUAUCUUGCAGCCGCGACUGCCGGACAAGCCGAUGCAGCUUUGAACCUAGCAGUGAUGUCCGAUCAGGGGUUGGGUGGUGCCCAUGACCCGGGCGAGGCUCAGCGCUGGUUCGAGGCAGCAUCCGAGUGCGGCAAGGGGGUCGCGUCCCGGCACUUGGCUGCGCAGCAUCUCCAGUCUUCGAACCCACGCCGACGACGGCGAGGACUUCGCCUCCUCGUUCGCGCAGCAAAUCUGCAUGAUACGCAGUCACUGGUGCUCUUGCAUCAGCUGCCCUUGGCUAUGACCGGGCUGGACUUAAAGGGCCGAGAUCUCUGUCUACGCCUGGCGGCAGAGAAGGGCAAUCUGCAAGCUCAGCUGGAAGUGGGCAGCAAGCUCUUGGAAAGAUGGUACUGCUUGAUCGACUCCCCUUCUUCCUUGUCGGAGUGCCAGCGACUAUGGGCUCGAGCCACCCGUUUUCUGCAGCGUGCCGCGAACGCAGGAGACCUGGACUCUGGCUUGCGCUUAGCAGCCGCCUGCCGCCACCCGGAGGCCGUCGCCAAGGGCAACGUCAGGCGGCCUUUGCACGAGAGUUGGUGGUGGCUACGCCGCGCCCUCGCUGGUGCCAUGACUGCCGCCCCUUUGGCGCAGCAGGCAGCCGCUCUGCAUGCGGCACACUAUGUUGCGGUGCAGCCCUCGGCAGCCGCCCAUUUCUUGCGGCAUGAGGACGCCAGGACGCAUGCAGGGGCAACCUCAGAUGAGGAUGGCUGA